GGGGAUCGCAGGUGAGCGAGGAAGUUCCCACCGUCAUUUCCAGACAUUCAGCUGGUGCCAUGGCUAAAAACUUAAGCAUAUGAAUAUUAGUUUCUCCUGUAAGUAUAAUGAGAAAGUGCCUUUGAUAUGAAAUAAAUCUGUGCGAAGGGGACUCGACUCCUGUUGCCAUGGCUCUGUCGGAGUUGUAUACAAAGUAUAACAGGGUGUGGAUCCCUGACGCGGAACAUGUUUGGCAAUCUGCGGAGAUUCUGGCAGAUUUCAAGACUGGUGAGACUGUGCUGGAACUACAGCUGGAGGAUGGGACGGAGUUGCAGUAUCCUCUGGAAGGGGGUGAGAAGUUGCCACCCCUCCGAAACCCGGACAUCCUGGUGGGUGAGAAUGACCUCACGGCCCUCAGUUACCUUCACGAGCCGGCCGUGCUUCACAACCUCAAAGUCCGAUUUGUCGAGUCCAAAAUCAUCUACACAUAUUGCGGAAUUAUCCUGGUGGCAGUCAAUCCAUACAAAACUCUUCCUAUCUAUGGAGAUGCAGUCAUUCAUGCUUACUCGGGUCAAAAUAUGGGCGACCUGGACCCUCAUAUAUUUGCUGUUGCUGAAGAGGCCUACAAACAAAUGGCCAGGAAUGGCAAAAAUCAGUCCAUCAUUGUGAGCGGUGAGUCCGGGGCUGGAAAGACCGUAUCUGCUCGCUAUGCUAUGAGGUACUUCGCUGUGGUUAGCAAAUCUGGCAGCAAAUCUCGGGUGGAGGACAAGGUUUUGGCAUCCAACCCAAUCACUGAGGCCAUUGGAAAUGCAAAAACAACCAGAAAUGACAACAGCAGUCGAUUUGGGAAGUACACUGAGAUCAGCUUCGACAAAAGAUACCAAAUCAUCGGAGCCAACAUGAGGACAUACCUCCUGGAAAAGUCAAGGGUGGUUUUUCAGUCAGAGAAUGAGAGAAAUUAUCACAUCUUCUACCAAU